AUGCCGUCGUUGAUCACCGAGCCCUGCUUGUCGCUGCAGGGAAGUCUGUCUCCACCCGGAAACGACUUCGUUAAUGACCAUCUUCCGACUAAUCCAUUGGCCACUGUCUAUUUUAGCCGAGAGGGCCUUGCCGCCUCAUCCACCGGUCCCCUGUCGUGGUAG